GCCAGGACUUUCCUUGAGUUUGAAGGCUUUACGGUUUGCUGUAUUAUUUAAAUGAUUCUUAUUUCUACCCAAUUAAAAUUCAUCGUUUGGUAGAAGCUUCGAUUUUCGGAUUUCUUUUGAGAUUUGAGGGACUAUAUAUAUUUGGUUUCUGCUAACUUAAGGCAUCGCGGAUCCAAAGGGUACUUGGGGUGUUGGGUUUUCUUCCUCUGCAGCUUUAUCUUUCAGGUGUUUAGAUUGUAGAGAGGAUCUGAGGAAAAAAUGGCAAACAAUUCUACCAAUGGGGAGCACCAGACCACAACAAAGCCUCCUCCUUUGCCAUCCCCUCUGCGGUUUUCCAAGUUUUUUCAGUCUAAUAUGAGAAUUUUGGUUACUGGAGGAGCUGGAUUCAUCGGUUCUCACCUGGUUGACAGGUUAAUGGAAAAUGAAAAGAAUGAGGUUAUUGUCGUUGAUAACUACUUCACUGGCUCGAAGGACAAUCUGAAAAAGUGGAUUGGUCAUCCCAGAUUUGAGCUUAUUCGUCAUGAUGUCACAGAGACAUUGUUGGUCGAGGUUGAUCGGAUUUACCAUCUUGCUUGCCCAGCUUCUCCAAUUUUUUACAAAUACAAUCCUGUAAAGACGAUAAAAACAAACGUGAUUGGCACGCUGAACAUGCUCGGACUUGCAAAGCGAGUUGGAGCAAGGAUUCUGCUGACAUCCACUUCAGAGGUAUAUGGAGAUCCUCUUGUGCAUCCACAACCUGAAAGCUACUGGGGUAAUGUUAACCCAAUUGGAGUAAGGAGCUGCUAUGAUGAGGGCAAGCGCGUUGCUGAGACCUUGAUGUUCGACUAUCAUAGGCAGCAUGGCAUCGAAAUACGUAUUGCCAGAAUAUUCAAUACAUACGGCCCUCGCAUGAAUAUUGAUGAUGGGCGCGUCGUCAGCAAUUUUAUAGCUCAAGCACUUCGUGAUGAGCCUUUGACAGUUCAAAAUCCCGGGACUCAAACUCGCAGUUUCUGCUACGUCUCUGACCUGGUUGAUGGCCUCAUUCGUCUGAUGGAAGGAGAGCACACUGGACCCAUAAACCUCGGAAACCCUGGUGAAUUUACAAUGCUUGAACUUGCAGAGACAGUGAAGGAGCUCAUCAACCCUGAGGUGGAGAUCAAGAGGGUGGAGAACACUCCAGACGAUCCUAGACAGAGAAAACCCGACAUCACAAAGGCAAAAGAAUUGCUGGGAUGGGAGCCGAAGAUCAAGUUGCGCGAAGGCCUACCUCUCAUGGAGGAGGAUUUCCGAUUGAGGCUCGGAGCAAACAAAAAGAAAUGAUGUCUGUUUGCAUUGCUGGAAAUAUAGACUUUGAGCUUCUGGUUAUGGAAUUUGUGUCUGACACUGCGGCAUGUUCUCGUCUUCGAUGAUUCCUGUAACUUCAUUGUGUGCUUCCUUCCUUCUUGUUCUCUCGAAAGAUUUUCUUCGUUUUUCAUCCCCUUACAAAGCUAGUGCUUAGAUGCCAAGGAGAAUCCUUCUAAAUGUGGCAUCUAGCGCUAUUUUACGGUUAAAGAUUGUCGUCGGUUCAAUAAUAAGAUUACAAUUUCUAUUCGAUUGAAUCCCGUUGUAACGUUUUUAAAUACAAGCGAUAUUAUUACUUCAA